AUCAACGAGUGAAAUUAUGGAGUACAAAUGCAGCAUAUUAUUGCUACUAAUUGUAGCGGUUUACGGUGCGUCUGCUGAGCGGGCACGUUUUGAUAAUUAUCGAGUGUAUGAAGUGUCCGUGAGGAAUAACGUGCAACUUCAAGUUCUUAAGUAUCUGGAACAGUUUCCGGAUGGAUAUUAUUUUUGGGAGUCACCGGUUCAGGUUGACAUGGAGGUUAGGAUCGUUAUUCCGCCGCAUAAAUUCGCCGAUUUCGAAGAGUUGACUUCCCGGUUGAAUAUGGAAAAAUCACUUAAAAUUAAUAAUUUACAAAAGCUCAUUGAUAAUGAACAAAUUAAACGAAGAAGAUCUAAUGAAUUUGACUGGAAAGACUAUAACACCUUGGACGAAAUGUACGAUUGGUUCGACGAUUUGGUCAAGCAGUAUGGAAAUAUUUUAACCAUUGAAUCAUACGGACAUUCAUAUGAAGGCCGGGAGAUGAAAGCAGUUAAACUGUCCAAAGGAUCGGGAAAUCCGGGCAUUUUCCUAGAGUCAAACAUCCAUGCUCGAGAGUGGAUUACAUCUGCCACUGUCACAUGGAUCCUCAAUCAAUUGUUAACAUCGACUGAUCCAGCAGUACAAAACCUAGCGGAUAGCUAUGAUUGGUACAUACUACCUGUGGUGAAUCCAGAUGGAUUGAAUUACACCAAAGAAGUAAAUCGGAUGUGGAGAAAGAACCGCUAUCCACACAAUUUGUUGUGUUAUGGAGUGGAUAUGAAUCGCAACUUCCCAGGACACUGGAUGGAGGGUGGAGCAAGUAGUAAUCCUUGCAGUGACACGUUUGCUGGUCCAGAGCCUGCGUCCGAAGUUGAAACCCAAAACAUUAUAAAUUACUUUUUGAAGUACAAAACAAACAUCGAUUUUUUCCUCUCAUUCCACUCGUAUGGACAGUACCUGUUGUUACCAUUUGGGUAUGCGAACGCUGACAAGUCUGACCACUAUUACGACUGGAUGGAUAUGGCUGAGGCGGCCGCAGUGGCACUAUCGCGUCGUUACGGAACGUUGUAUCAAUUUGGAACGACAUCAGAUGUGCUUUAUAUAGCAUCCGGAUCAUCCCCAGACUGGGCGCACGGAGAGCACGGUGUUCCGGUUGCCGUAACUUACGAGUUUCGUGAUAAAGGAAGUAAUGGGUUUAUUCUACCUGCUGAGCAAAUCAUCCCCAACGCGGAAGAGGUGCUGGAUUCAUUAAUAGCGUUCAUUGGGAAGGGAAAAGAUUUGGGAUACUUCAAAACGGGUGAUAAUGUUGUUUAAUAGAAAAUUACAAAUGAUAAGCUUUCCUGUAGAGGCGAAUGAACUGCAAAGUUUAAAGCCUCUUAAAAACAAAGAAACAAACAAUAAGCUUUCCUCGCUGGCGAUAAUUAUUGAACGCCGACGAGAUUUGUGACGCAAGUGAAAUGUUGAUUUUUGAUAUGCGAUAGAUCAAAUCGGAAUUGUAUUACGCCUGCAGCCGUGGCUACAAAAUUAUCAAAAUAAUAAUCGAUGGCUCCGAAUGGAUUUUUUUCGUCCUUGUAAAUAAAACUUAAUCAUUUGAUUAUUUUUAAAACAUUUGUUAGAAUCCGUCAAAAGUUUGGUAAUUCGAAGAAGAUCUGAACUAGGAAUCUUGCCCGCUGGCUAUUGGAAUAUAAGGUUUGAGAGAAAGAAAUCUAUUAUUUUGCUUUCAAUCGAGAGCUUUAUUUCAUAUAGUCAGAACAUUCCGAUUUAGGUUAAUUAUGUUUUGUUAGAUUAUUUGUGGUCUUUUUCGAAGUAGUUCCACUCUGCCUCCUUCAUAGUAGAAACUCACGUUUCUAUUGGCAAGAAACUGAGAUAGUCACUUGUAGACAGAAAUAGACGGCAAUCAUUUGAUUCCAGGUCUGGACUAUGAGGUGCAUUCAUAAGAACCUCUCAAACAAGCUGUCGGACGUUCAGGCCUGGUGCCAUGGCGUUGUUAGGAUGGAACACAACACACCUUUCUCCCUUCUUUGUGACGAAGAUAAAUCCGACCAUAACGAGAAUCGAACUAGAAGCCCCCACCAUGGCGUGUUUGACGUUAACCACUCGUUUACUCUACAGCAAAGAAUAAACACGAAAAGAUAAUUUUAAAGCUUGACAACGCCACAUGUUCACGGAUCUGUUAAUCCUCUUCGAGAAAGAGCAGUCACUGAUAAACUCGAUUUCGUUUGUUCAAAUAUGAUCUUGCAGAAGCAGUGGCGUAGCGUGACCGGGUGACACUCGGGGCCGGUUACUAGGGUGUCACCUCUCCAUAAUACUUAGUUUUUGUUUAUAAAUGAAAAAUCAAACUUAAUAAAUACGUUUUUUGUUUAUAUAAGUUAU